GUUUAAUGAACAAAAAGUAUUUAAAAAAAUUCACUCUUCUGUAAUUGUAGAGCCAUUAACAUAAAACUAUUCAGACAUGCAAUUUGUAAUCUACACUGCUAAUAUUUUUGGAUAAUCAAUUGAUUAGUCCGAAAACUUUAUACCGUGCACACUGUACUGGUUUUCUUCUGUAGUAGAAACACUGAAUACCCUCCUUUGAAGAUAGACUUCUUAUCCUCGGGCAGCCGUAGUUAGAGAUCGAAUUUUUAUAGAAGCUAUCGAUCGUGGAUCGAUUUUUCAUGUCUUCCAAUGGACAGAAUUGUCCCUGUUGUUCUAAGGUUACUUUCUGCUAACGGCUGUAACCUUAGCUUUACUAUUCACGUUUCGCAUGUACACGUGUUGAUCCAAACCGUUUUUAAUAGCCAAAAUGUCUUUUCAACAGAGGUUGUUGAAGAAAAAAAUUAAAAAAAGGGAGAUGAAAAAACUAAAAAUGCUCAAGGCAAGAAAGGAAUCUGCUGUUGGUGCACCCGAUGAAGACGGAGAAAUCGGUAUCAAUCAUGUGGACAAUACACAAUGUGAGGAAGCUGCAGUAAAAACUAAACCAGUUAAUAAUAAUGCUGAAGUUCAGAAAUUGGGAAAGAAAAAUAAAAAGAGAAAACAAAAACUAAAGGAAGAGCAACCACAAAUGGAGAAUGAAGAACAGGAAAAGGAAGAAAAAGAAAAUGCAGAUGAUUGCAUAGAUGAGGAUGAAAUGGUUAACGAAGAUAUUGGAGAGAAAUUGCCUGGUAGUAGUUUAGGUUUGGAAAUACAAAGUGGUGCUUUAUUCUCUUCUCUUGCUGAUAAAGUUUCCGAAGCGACACUCAAAGCUAUUGCCGACAUGGGAUUUUCCAAAAUGACAGAAAUUCAGGCCAAGUCUAUUCCACCACUUUUGGAGGGUAGAGAUCUGGUCGGUGCUGCUAAAACUGGCUCGGGUAAAACAUUGGCUUUUCUUAUUCCGGCGGUCGAGCUCAUUGUCAAAUUAAGAUUUAUGCCUAGGAAUGGCACUGGUUGUAUUAUUUUGUCACCGACGAGGGAAUUGUCUAUGCAAACUUUUGGAGUGCUUCAAGAGGUAAUGAAGUACCAACACCAUACAUAUGGCCUUAUCAUGGGAGGAGCAUGUAGGGAAGUGGAAACAAAAAAGUUGACAAAUGGAAUAAACAUAUUGGUAGCAACACCUGGACGUUUGCUCGAUCAUUUACAAAACACACCUGGCUUCUUAUAUAAGAACCUUCAGUGUCUUGUCAUUGAUGAAGCGGAUCGAAUUCUCGAAAUUGGAUUUGAAGAAGAAGUGAAACAAAUUAUUAACCUUUUGCCUAAACGAAGACAGACCAUGUUGUUUAGUGCGACUACCACGAGGAAAACUGAAGACCUAACAAGGCUUGCUGUGAAAAAAGAGCCUGUUUACGUUGGAGUUCAUGACACAUUCGACAAAGCGACUGUGGAAGGCCUUGAACAAGGUUAUGUGAUCUGCCCUUCAGAGAAGAGAUUCCUUCUCCUUUUUACUUUCCUUAAGAAGAAUCGCAAGAAGAAAGUCAUGGUUUUCUUUUCAUCUUGCAUGUCUGUCAAAUUUCAUGAUGAGCUUUUUAAUUAUAUCGAUCUUCCAGUGAUGAGUAUACAUGGAAAACAACAGCAAACCAAGCGUACAUCAACAUUCUUUCAAUUCUGCAAUGCAGAAACCGGUAUACUUUUGUGUACAGACGUAGCAGCUCGAGGACUCGAUAUUCCUGCCGUUGAUUGGAUUGUGCAAUAUGAUCCACCAGAUGAUCCUAAGGAAUACAUUCAUAGAGUAGGCCGUACAGCUAGAGGUGAAGGCGGGAAAGGAAAUGCUCUCCUCAUGCUCCGGCCAGAGGAACUAGGAUUUCUCAAGUACCUCAAGCAAGCUAAAGUCCCAUUGAAUGAGUUUGACUUUUCAUGGAACAAAGUAUCAGACAUACAGGCACAGCUUGAAAAAUUGAUCCAAACAAACUACUUUUUGAAUCUAUCCGCUAAAGAAGGUUUCAAAGCGUACGUGCGAUCAUACGACUCUCAUCACCUAAAAACAAUUUUUGAUAUAGAGACAUUGGAUUUGAUGAGUGUUGCCAAAUCCUUUGGAUUCACAGUACCACCUGCAGUUGACCUCAAAAUUAACAGCAAGAAGGGUUCUAGACCGAGAAAGAGGUGUGGAGGAGGAGGAUAUGGAUUUUUAAAUACUAUAAAUAAAACUGACAGGUACAAAAAACCAAAAUUCACCCAACCUAGGCCGAGGAAUUGAAGCAUUUUAAAAUAAAUUAAAACUUGUACAGCGAAG